UUGCUUAAUAAGCAAAUAAAAAGUGAGGUUAUAAUUCUUUUAAACUUAUAAGCAUGGAUGUUUUAAACCGACCCGCCGAUGAAUUCGAAAAUGACCAAUCUGUUGAAGCUAUGUGGGCUAUGAAGGCUUUCGAGCAUGCCGAAAUCUACUUUAACAUUCUUUGUUCGGUUGAUCCGAAAUUAUUAAAACUCACCCCGUUAGACGACACCAUUUACAAAAUAUUCAGGGAAGAGUUUCCUAAAUUGGAUGUAAAAGUAAUCGACGAAAACAAAUUAAAAUGCCCCGCGAGCAAAGCUAAAUGGAGACCGUUUUGCGAGCGUUUUAAAAAAGUCGUUGAAGAUUACAGUUUGGGGACGUUAAUGCGAGCGGAUGCCACGAAAGAUUAUUCUAAAGAAAAUUCGAUUUUAGUGACUCGUAUUCAAUUUUUAGCCAUUGAGUUAGCUCGAAAUAAGGAAGGAAUUAAUGAUGGGUUACGAAAAGCUAAUAAACAUUCAGUAAAAGAAAAAAGUGAUAUUAAUAAAGAAAUGUAAUUUUAAUAAUUUAUGAUUAAAUCAUUUAAUUUAAUUAAAA